GACGAACCCCCUCGAUCAGUAUACGUGGCAUACAGCGCUCUGUAGACCAAUGCUGCGUUCCAGUACUAGUCGGAACUAAGAAACUCAGUCAUUUUCGACUUGCUAACUGGUUGAACGCGGCGCGUGUAUAACUACAACCACGUAGUAAAUAGGGCAAUUCAGAGAUUCCUAGUUCCGACUAGGACAUGAACGCUGCAAAACUAGGGGCUAUAGUCGCAACGCGAAGCAUUGUGGGGCAGAGGCGCCUAUGAGACAGGCAAGAAUUGCUGAAGUAAAUAUCGGAGGCAGAGGAGUGCUACAUUAGCUAAUAUUACCUUCACAUUGAUAACGUAUAGCACUAAGCCUCAGUAUCGUUAGACAUGGGGCAGGAGGAGCUCAUGAGUCAAGCCGAAGAUGUGGCGGACCAGGUAACUUCCUUGUUUCUCAGGCUACAGUUAGUUGUUAGCUAGCUAGCUAAUGGUACCUUACAGUCAGAUUCAAAGGAAAAGCAGGUUCUAAAGUAACAGUACCUAGCGAGCAAGCCACAGCUGCUUGAGUGAGGGACUCGUUAUAGCUUGCUGGCUAAUAUUACUUGCACAACUAGCUAUCUACACGCAUUAUGUGCUGCUAUUGUAACACCUAGCGACAUGGUUUGUCAACUAACGUUAUCAAACGUUAGCUAGUAUCAUGUAGCUAAUAGCUAAUGACUGCAGCAAUAAUAAAGUGCACAAAUGAUUGUGCACUUGUGCUUCUUCUACUUGUAGCCAGAGCCAUAAAUACAUGGUUCUGGUUGUACUGUUAGCUAUCUAGUUGCCGGCCUGCAAAUAUUAAAAAUCAUAAUGUCCGGUUAGCUAAUGGAACUCUGGCCACACAGUAAGAAACGAUAGUUGACGUUAAGUUACCAAGCAAACUAACGUUAGUUGACUGUACUGUAAGUUACCUAGUUGAUAAAUCUUGUAUUGCUAAUUCUGGUGGCCUUCCAAACUAAUUGGUCAAUCAGUGGCAGUGUCUCAUAAAUGAAUCCCACACUGCAAAAUGUGUGUUUGUAAACCUGGACGCCAUAGGUUUUAUGGCAAGUCAUGUCCUAUUUAGUCCUAUUUAGUAUUAAUCACAUUCCCAUUGUGAAAUGGUACUGUGAUUGCCCAAUAAUGUGUUGGGCUUACAUUGCCAACAACAACAUGAUGGGCUUUGCAGCUUACAUCUUGUGGCCUGGGCCUGUUACAUGUGGUUGGUUCUAUUUAAAAAGUAUCUUCACCUUUAUUUAACCAGGAAGGCCAGUUGAGAACAAGUUCUCAUUUACAACUGUGACCUGGCCAAGAUAAAGCAAAGCAGUGCGAUUUUAAAAACAACAACAACACAGAGUUACAUAUGGGAUAAACAAAAACGUACAGUCAAUAACACAAUAGAAAAAUUGAAAAUCUAUAUACAGUGUGUGCAAAUGUAGUAAGUUAUGGAGGUAAGGCAAUAAAUAGGCCAUAGUGCAAAAUAAUUACAAUUUAGUAUUAACACUGGAGUGAUAGAUGUGCAGAAGAUGAUGUGCAAAUAGAGAUACUGGGGUGUAAAUUAGUAAAAUAAAUAACAAUAUGGGGAUGAGGUAAAUCACGGGCUGUGUACAGGUGCAGUGAUCGGUAAGCUGCUCUGACAACUGAUGCUUAAAGUUAGUGAGGGAGAUAAGAGGCUCCAGCUUCAGAGAUUUUUGCAGUUGGUUCCAGUCAAUUGUUUACAUGUGGUUGGUUCUAUUGAAUUGUUUACAUGUGGUUGGUUCUAUUGAAUUGUUCCAUCUUUUUUUAGCUGAAAUGCAAAGAACUGUGCACAUUCUGACAUACCCCCCCCCCCCCCCCCCCCACCAACCACCACACUCACUUCUUAUAAUGGUGUGUGUGUUGUGUAAUUGAUAAGUCAGAAAAUUUGAACAUUAUGUUCUUGUAUGCCCCUACAGUAGGUCUAGCUUCUUGUCCUGUGGAUAAAAUUGCAUUCCCCUUCAAAUGCUCUGGUCUAUAAGGGGACAGUGUCAAUAACCCCAUAGUUCAGGUUACAUGUAUAAGUGUUACCCAGUAUGAAGAUUACAUAGGAAGUCAUAUAAUGCAAGCCCUCUAUUUCCUUCGAUAGGAAGUUACAAUAUUUCAAAUCGCUCUAGCCUAUAGCCUAGCUCUAUCCAUGUGAGCUUUUUCUGUUUGCUAGGCCUGUUUUUCUUUACACAGUUGACAUACCCUAAGAAUUAUAAAUUAUAAUACAAUAGGAUCUCUAUGGGUGUAACCUAGUCUUGCUACUUUUGUGAGAACUUUAUUGAAUUAGCACCAGCUAAUACCACAUUUUUGGUUUACCCCCAGGUAUAUGACAUGCCCAAGUCCGCUGUCCACCCCUUUUGGCAUUUAAGCAUUGCUGUAAAAUAGCCUGAAUCUCGAAAUGUACACCUCUUAAAUUGCUGUGCCAUGAAACAUGGCUUAAGGUAGGCCUGCCCUACACUUUCAAAGGCACAUUUUAACAAGGCAGCACUUCACGAAUAAGCUCUAAGAGAACAGUUCUAGUCUAAUGUACGCUACUCCACUAUGCUCCAUAUCUAGGCUGUCACAACUCCUCUGAUUGGCUGCUAUGCCCUCAUGUGCCUCUAUGAAUGGGCACGUUUGUUUUUCAUGGCUCGGUGCCCCGGGUGGGCAGAUUCUGUACAUUUUAGACCUUUCCAUUGGUCCUUAAGUGAAAUCUCCACCCACCCGGGGCACCGGGCCAUGCAAAACGAACUCGCCCACUGACAUGUGGGAGUUGUUGAACUGUGAUAGGCCACCAAGACCAGGCAGUGCUGAUGUGGACUGUAUGGUGGGAGGGGUUGUGGGAUGAUUACUGUUCUUCUGCUGUACUUUAGUAGGUAGAAGAUGAUCAGUUCCAAUGUAUUGGAGGGAAGCCAACAUAAUGGAGGUUUAGUGAAUGUAGGGCAGUUGCUUUUUGUUGCAGUCUAAGUGAGCAGGGGUUUAUUUCACACAUAGUGGUCGCAAGGGACAAUAACCUGACACAGGAUAUUUGGAUUAGCAGAAUUGAAAGAAGUUUGUAGCCUAGUACUCUACUACUUUGAGACUGACACGAAGCAGGGUGCUUUUCUAUAAGAGGCUGUUUUAGUCCAACUUACCAAUAAAUAUCCCCUCUUCUUACCCCACCCCAUUCCCUGCUGAAAUACCACCAGCUGUCCAACGCUCUUGUCUAUUGUCCCAUAUUGCUUCUGGAAUGCCCUUGCAUGUAAUCUCCCAUAGGUUUUCAGUAUAUUUAUUUCCAUGUCCCCAAUCAGGGAAAGCCAGAAUGAGGAUUCGCGCUCAGGCUAGAAUUAAUGGUGGCCGGUGCAUAGGAGAAAAAAAUAUCUAUAGAGUUCAAAAAGGUACUCAAACCAUGAAAAGGAAUAACCCAAAAAAAUUAUAUACUUAAUUUAAUCCAUGCUCGAAAUAAUACAAAGGGUAAAGGUCAAAGGUGCUAUACAGUGCAUUCAGAAAGUAUUCAGACCCCUUUUUCCACAUUUUGUUACGUUACAGCCUUAUUCUACAAUGGAUAAAAUACAAUUCUCAUCAAUCUACACAAAAUACCACAUAAUGGCAAAGCAAAUUUAUUAAAAAUAUAGAACAGAAAUGAGAAACAUUAGUGAGUUAGCAUUUCUCCUUUGCCAAGAUAAUCCAUCCACAUGACAGGUGUGGCAUAUCAAGAAGCUGAUUAAACAGCAUGAUCAUUACACAGGUGCACCUUGGGCUGGGGAUAAAAGGCCUCUCUAAAAUGUGCAGUUUUGUCACACAACACAAUGCCACAGAUGUCUCAAGAUUUGAGGGAGCGUGCAAUUGGCAUGCUGACUGCAGGAAUGUCCACCAGAGCUGUUGCCAGAUAAUUGAACGUUCAUUUCUCUACCAUAAGCCGCCUCCAACGUCAUUUUAGAGAAUUUGGCAGUACGUCCAACCUGCCUCACAACCGCAGACCACACCAGCCCAGGACACUUGUCAUGUGGGCGAGCGGUUUGUAGAUGUCAACAUUGUGAACAGAGUGCCCCAUGGUGGGGUUAUGGUAUGGGCAGGCAUAAGCUACGGACAACAAACACAAUUGCAUUUUAUUGAUGGCAAUUUGAAUGCACAGAAAUACGUGAUGAAAUCUGGAGGCCCAUUGUGAGGCCUACUUAUUUUAAGGUAUCUGUGACCCAGUCAUGUGAAAUUCAUAGAUUAGGGCCUAAUGAAUUUAUUUCAAUUGACUGAUUUUGAACUGUAACUCAACAAAAUCUUUGAAAUUGUUGCAUGUUGCGUUAAUAUUUUUGGUCAUUAUAGAUGGAUGCAAUACUCAGUACAAAGCUCAGAGAGGGCGGGGCAGGGGGACGGCUGGUGCGUCUACACAACAUUACAAAAAAUAUGCAAGGUCCAAUUCCUCAUUUAGACCUUGGGGGUGUAGAGUUUUUAAAUAGAAGAUCCAGGUCCUUAUUCACCCUGUUUUACUGUCAAUGCUAGUACCUGCUGUAAUGUCCUUGUACUGUAUCCCAAAUGUAGGCCUAAAUGGCCCUUUCUCGCUCUCUCUCUCUCCCAGUUCUUGCGGGUCACGAAGCAGUACCUGCCUCACCUGGCUCGGCUGUGUCUAAUCAGCACCUUUCUGGAGGACGGCAUACGCAUGUGGUUCCAGUGGAAUGAGCAGAAGGAGUACAUCGAGGCCACGUGGGGCUGCGGUUACUUCCUGGCCACCUGCUUCGUGCUGCUCAACCUCACAGGACAGCUCGGUGAGCAAGGCUGGGAUCAGCAGCCUGUUUGUCAUCAAUGUAAAGAUAGAACAAUCUGCAUGGGUCCAUCCAUGCAUGGAUUGAAAAAGCCUGCUCAUGAAGUCUCUCAAGUGCCUUUUAGCCUAGGAGUAUGAAAAAUGUGUGCACUCGCUAAAUGUAAGUCGCUCUGGAUAAGAGCGUCUGCUAAAUUACUAAAAUGUAAAAAAUGAGUAAGGUUAAUCUGUGUUUGUGCCAAAGCCCCACGAUGUGUUGUCAUUCAUUUACUAUUGGCUAAUUUAAAUCGGUAGUGUGGUGUGGGCCGUGAAUGAUGACCCAUACUGUGUUUGAAGGCUGGGGAAAGAUACAGGGGUUGAAAUAAGUGGGAAUGCCACCCCUUUUGGGGAAGAUGGGGUAUAGACCGUUGUGCCGGUUCAAUUGGAUGAAUUUCUGCAAUCCUAACUGUCCGUGAUUUUUUUCCGCUCCAACAGGUGGCUGUGUCCUUAUCCUCAGUAGACAUUUUGUACAGUAUGCCUGCUUUGGAUUAUUUGGAAUCAUAGCUUUACAGGUGAGGAAAUAUAUAAUCUAUUGGUAUUGCAUUUCAUGCAGCCUUCUGUGAUUUUGGGCUGACAGAACUCAAAUGGUUUACAGCCUAACAAUAGCUAUGUUCAUGAAUUUCUGGCUGUGUAAUAUUUCAUGCUGAAUUUGUUUUUAUUUUCUCUAGACGGUUGCAUACAGUAUUUUAUGGGAUAUAAAAUUUCUGAUGAGGUAGGUCUCCCAUUAAGUUUAUGAAUAUGUUUACAUAUUAAAUUGAAAAUGUACAAUUGACUUAAGUCUCUCUUCCAUUACUUUACCAAUUACACUCACCAGCCAGUUUAUUAGGUACAGGGUUAGGGUUUAAUACUGGGUCGGACCCCCCUUUGCCUCUAGAACAGCCUGAAUUCUUCGGGGCAUGGAUUUUACAAGUCGGAAACGUUCCACAGGGAUGUUGGUCCAUACUAAAGCGAUGGCAUCACGCAGUUGCUACAGAUUGGACGGCGGUACACCACCGCCACCAGCCUGUACCGUUGAAACCAGGCAAGCUGGCUCCAUGGACUCAUGCUGCUUACGCCAAAUCCUGACUCUGCCAUCAGCAUGAUGCAACAGGAACCGGGAUUCGUUGGACCACGCAAUGUUUUUUCACUCCUCAAUUCUCCAGUGUUGGUGAUCAGCGUGCCCACUGGAGCUGCUUCUUGUUGUUUUUAGCUUAUUGGAGUGUACCUAAUAAACUUGCCAGUGAGUGUAUAUGACAGUGUUUUAAAACCUUGGGUACAUUUUCCUGUCUGUCUGUCCCACUAAUUCUAUACUCCUAUAUGUUGGAACUAUGUAUCCUCUUACACCCUGUCCUCUCCUUCCCUCGCUCUCCUCUCUCAGGAACCUUGCCCUGGGCGGUGGACUCCUGCUGUUACUAGCGGAGUCGCGUUCAGAAGGGAAGAGCAUGUUCGCUGGCGUCCCCUCCAUGGGAGAGAGCUCGCCAAAGCAGUACAUGCAGCUGGGAGGGAGAGUCCUGCUGGUGCUCAUGUUCAUGACCCUGCUGCACUUUGACCCCAGCUUCUUCUCGGUGAGUAGACCACACCACCCUGCCUCUAUAGUGCCACUCAGGCGGGACUAUAGUUAAAGAGGCGAAAAAGCAGUAUUAUGCAUUUUCUCAUAAGUAUGCAGAGAUCAAACUGAGUUUGCAUUUGGGGUGUUUUUUGAAGAUUAUGCACUGUUCUCUCUGUCAAAUAUCGAAAUACCAAACAAGACUGAGUGCUGUAUUCAUUUAAACAGGUUCUGAUGCAACUGUUGUACAGUGGCAUUGGUGGUUCAGACUCCUAACCCAUGUGUCCCUCUCCACUCACCCAGAUCCUCCAGAACAUGGUGGGCACGGCCCUCAUCAUCCUGGUAGCCAUCGGCUUCAAGACCAAGCUGGCAGCCCUGACCCUGGUAAUAUGGCUGCUGGCCAUCAACGUCUACUUCAACGCCUUCUGGGCGGUGCCCGCCUACAAGCCCAUGCACGACUUCCUCAAGUACGACUUCUUCCAGACCACGUCCGUCAUCGGAGGGCUGCUGUUGGUCGUAGCACUGGGGCCCGGCGGGGUGUCCAUGGAUGAGAAGAAGAAGGAGUGGUAGGAAGAGGGGGAUACACACUUUUCUGGCCUACCACUUCCACAGCAACCUCCCCUCCGCCACUCUCUCUCUCUUCUUUUCUUUAUUUCACAUUUUGUUUUUCAGCUGCUGUUUUGAGUUCAAUACGGUUGAUACUGGAUUUUUUUAUAUACCUAUUUAUGGCCCCUUUAUUUUGAGGCAAGAAAAACCCCCAGCUGAUUUUGAAUAAAUUGUCAAAGUGCAAGGAAACUAAUUCAUGAGUUACAGGUGGAGUUUUAAAAAGUUCUGUGUUGCAGACGGUAUGAAUAUCACAAUGUAUUUAUGGAUGUUACCAUAACCUUUCAGAA